GUCGUUCGUUCGUUGAUGUCAAGCGCCGUCUUCUUGCAGAGGACAGCCAACAUGUCACAAGCUGCCAUCUCUCAAGCCUCCACUUGGCGCAGCAUAGGCACAUCAUUCGAUGGCAAGCCACACAUCGGGUUCGGCGUCUAUCAGAGUCCCGGCAAUACAUGCGAAAAGAGCUGUCUUGCCGCUUUCAAAGCUGGCUACAGGCACAUCGAUUCUGCCAUGUACUACCAGAACGAACCUCAAGUGGGCGCGGCAGUCAAGAGUAUCGUCAGUUCAGGCUCGCUGAAGAGGCAUGAGAUCUUCGUAGCCACAAAGAUAUUGUCCAUGCCAAAGAGCGACAUCGAUUCUGCCCUCAAAGACGGCGUCGCCCGCUUUGGACUAGACUAUGUCGAUCUCUUCAUGAUCCAUACGCCGACGAUGGGGCCUGACAAUCGUAUCGCGCUCUGGAAAGGGCUCGAAAGGCUGCAAGAGUCGGGUCACACACGCUUCAUUGGCGUCUCCAAUUUUGGCGUGCAACACCUCGAGCAAUUGCGCCAAGCCGGCCUAUCCAAACCCGUCAGCAACCAGAUCGAGAUCCAUCCCUGGUGUCAGCAGAGAGAUGUUGUCGACUACUGCCGCCAGUGGGGCAUCGCCAUCGAAGCCUAUUGUCCCAUCGUGCGCGGUCAAAAAUUCGAUCAAGUCGACGUUGCGCGCAUCGCCAAAGAAGUCUCACGAACGCCAGCACAAGUCCUCAUUAGAUGGUCAUAUCAGCACAACUUCAUCCCACUACCCAAAUCAGACACGCCAGCACGCAUCGAGGCCAAUUUCCAAGUCACCGAUUUCGAACUUUCGGACGCUCAGAUGGCGAGUCUUGAUGCGCUCGAUGAAGAUGCAAAAGGUGCGAUUGCGCCAUACAACGUGCGCUGUCCGUGAUGCAAUUAAUGCAAUGUCCUAUUUGUCUUGCGA